UAAAAUGCAGGCAACGAUAUGCAUUCAUGUCUCUUGUCAAUCGGGGGACUUGCACAUGCAUCUCUUCAUCGGCCGCCGCACACCACGUGCAUUGGUCUGCAUCCAUUCGCCUCACAUCACCCAAGCCUCGCAUGUGCGCGAUAAAGGCAGGUCGAGUACUUGGAAUGAAAAGAACAACACACAUGGCUGCUACCCUGGCCCAAUGGAGUCCAUCCAUUGGAUUUAAGUUGCUUCUGCCAGUACUUGCGUCGCUUGCGAUCACGUCGAUAUAGCCAUUCCGAAGCCGACUUACGGCCAAACAAGCAGCGCACAACACACAACACAAACACGAGACGCUACAUGCCCUUUGGCGUGGAUGCUAUCACUCGUCGCCCGAGUCUUCCGUCGACUCGUCCAUGUCCUCGCUCUCUGAGUCGCUCUCUGAGUCGCUCAUUUCCUCCUCGUCAAUCUCGACCUGCAGCUCACACAGCUCCUCCAGCUCUUCCUUGGCGUCUGACGGGCUGCAAACAACACAGCCAUCGAUGCAAUCCAUGCAUGCACCGUCAUUCGAUGGGCGCAGCUCACCUGAACUUGUCGAUGUCCCUUAAUGUCCCUGCAGUCGAGCAUGACGGGCCCCGCCACCUUAUCACCCCGCCCGCCGCUGCCCUUGACCUCCCAGAGGGUGGCCGUGAGCAAGAGGCCCUUGCCCAUGUCGCCCAUCACCUCCAACUCGGCCUUCUGGAACUCCCACUUGUCCCACCCCAGGCCGCCCACUUGGCCGCGAACCUCUUCACGACCGACAUUACGCGCAGCUGUCAGUUCGUCUGCUCACAGUUCGCAGGAAUCAGUGCCGUCUGCUCGCCUCUUUUCGGGAUGGUCGCCUUGUCCUUCCGAGCAUCAUCCUCGAGCAUCAGGCGAGCAUCAUCCUCGAGCAUCAGGCCGGGGCUCCGGCUCCAGCAUCAGGCUGAGUGAGGUUGCACCGGGGCGGCAGGAGGGAAUGACA